AUGGCCGAGGGAGAAGAGGACUUCUCCUCCUUACCAUUGCCCGACCGGUUCGCGCACAAGAACUGGAAAGUCCGCAAGGAAGGAUACGAAGAUGCCAAACAACAAUUCGAAAAGACGCCGGACGAGUCGGAUCCGGUAUUCACUCCAUUCAUACAAGACCCCGGACUCUGGAAAGGCGCGGUGGCAGAUUCCAAUGUGGCGGCUCAACAAGAAGGUCUUGGAGCCUAUUGUGCAUUUUUGAAGUUUGGUGGGGUACAGGCUUGUACAAGAACGCGCGCAACUACAAUUUUACCAAUCUGUGAAAAGGGUCUCAUAUCUACACGACCAACCGCCAAAGCGAAUGCGAUCGAGGCGCUGCUUCUGUGUGUGGAGAUGGAUAAGGCGGAUCCGGUGAUUGAGGAGAUGAUGCCCGCAUUGUCACAUAAAAUGCCCAAGGUGAUUGCGGCCGCGCUGGCGGGGUUGAAGGCGAUCUAUCACAACUUCGGGUGCAAGCUUGUGGACCCAAAGCCGGUACUAAAAGCUUUACCCAAGGUCUUUGGGCACGCAGACAAGAAUGUUCGGGCGGAAGCUCAAAACCUUACCGUGGAGCUCUAUAGGUGGCUGAAGGAAGCCAUUAAGCCCCUUUUCUGGGGCGAGCUGAAGCCUGUUCAACAGACUGACUUGGAAAAGUUGUUCGAAGCCGUGAAGCAAGAACCGCCACCAAAGCAGGAGAGGCUCACCAAAGCGCAGCAGGAUGCGGCGGCUGUCGCCAGUGCUGCUCCUGCAGCAGGUGGCGAUGACGAGAUGGAGGGAGUUGAGGAAUAUGCAGAGGAUGAGGGCGAAGUCGACGUUUUCGACCUCGCGGAACCCGUGGAUGUGGCGUCCAAAGUACCCGGCAACUUCACGGAACAGCUUUCUUCGUCGAAGUGGAAGGACAGGAAGGAGGCUCUGGAUGAACUCUACACUGUACUGAACGUACCCAGAAUCAAGGAUGGGCCAUUUGAUGAGGUGGUACGGUUAUUGGCCAAGUCCAUGAAAGAUGCCAAUGUUGCAGUCGUGACUGUUGCCGCCAACUGUGUUGACCUCCUUGCCAAAGGCCUGCGCAGCGGAUUCCUGAAGUAUCGACCCACUAUCAUGGCACCGAUGUUGGAACGCUUGAAAGAGAAGAAACAAAGCGUCGCAGAUGCCCUAGGUCAAGCGCUCGACUCGGUCUUUAUCGCCACAAGUUUGACGGAAUGCUUGGAGGAGAUCCUUGAAUUCCUCAAACACAAGAACCCGCAAGUCAAGCAAGAAACCCUCAAAUUCUUGAUCCGUUGUCUUCGUACCACCAGGGACGUGCCGGCCAAACCAGAGAUCAAGUCGAUUGCAGAGGCGGCUACAAAGCUUCUUACUGAGUCUAGCGAGGUCAAUCGUGCUGGAGGCGCAGAGGUUCUGGGUACCUUGAUGAAAAUCCUGGGAGAGCGGGCAAUGAAUCCUUACCUUGAAGGUCUCGAUGAUAUCCGGAAAACGAAGAUCAAGGAGUUCUACGAGACGGCGGAGGUCAAGGCGAAGGACAGACCCAAGCCUAUCGUCGGCCCGCCAAAGACUACUUCGGCAGUUGGCAAGAAGGUCCUCGGUGGCAAGAAGCCAGCACUCGGAACGAAGAGGCCUGCAGCUGCACCAGCUCCUGUCGAGGAGCCAGCUCCAGCACCGUCCCCAUCUAAGCCUGCCACGAGAGCCAUUCCGUCUAAGCUGGGUGGGCUUGCAAAGCCGGGCGGCGUUCCUGCCCCUAGUGGCCUCAAAAAGAGGCUUGCUGGUCAGGCUGGCUUGGCAUCACCCCAAAGGCGUGUAAUAUCACCCCCUUCAGAGGACCAACCGCCGCCGCCUGCCGCACCUCGACUUGGUCUCGGAAGGGGCCUUGCUGGUCGCCCAAUCGCCCGGCCAGCGGCUCCGGCCGAGCCAGCUCCAGCCCCAGUCGCACCGCAGAUGAGUGGCAUGUCUGCCGCUGAACGUGCGGAACUGGAAGAAUUACGCCUCGAGAAAGAGCGAUACACCCGCACUAUCGAUGAUUUGAAGUACGACCGGACUAAGUUGAACUCUCAGAUCACAGAACUCCAGAACCAAAACGCCCAGCUCAUCGAAGACCACACUAGGGAUGUUCUGAGCAUCAAAGCUAAAGAGACCCAAUUGGUACGAGCACGCAGUGACGCGGAGGCAGCAGAACAGACGGUCCAGAAGCAGCAGCGCGAGAUCGAGCGCUUAAAGCGCGAGCUAGCUAGAGCGCUGCGCGCCAGUGCCAUUAGCCCACCAAAUGCCCUGCCCGACAACAUCAGUAUCUCUGAACCCGGGUUGGUCUAUCAAGACUCGGGCCACAAUGGGUACAAUCCGAUGUCCCGAGCUGGACUCCACGUAGGAUCACGGUUUGAUACCUCCCGGCCGCGUAGUUAUGCUUCCACUAGCCCCAGCGAAGAGAAGGAGAACAACGGCCUGGACUCUCCAUCACUGAGCACCAGAGAAGGAGCCCUCGGGCGACGAAAGCUCAGCCCUACAUUCGGCACCGGCUACUCUGGCUUAGGAAGCCCCACACGCUCAUCCGUACGGGGUUCUGGCAGUGCUUCGGGCGAGGACCAGCCUGCCAGGUCCACGGAACCAGCAGAGAACUGGAAAAGAGCUGCGGAAGUGACAAGUCAACUCAAAGCAAGAAUCGAACAGAUGAAGGCAAGGCAAGGCCUUACACGACCACCUGCUCAGCGCUAA